CAACGCCUCUCACCAGUCCUACACUUCAAAUCCGAAUCCCCACCCUACUUCUUUUACACGCAUACACUCUAAUCCUCCAUCCUUCUCGUUUUCGAUGCUAUCCCCACUUUCUCUCUCCUCCAGAUCUGAUCUCCUCUGAGCCACCAUUUUCCUGCUCUCUCUCUCUUCCUCGAAAUUCAACGCUGAAACGGGAACAAAUACAUAUAAUUUAUUCAUUCAGAGGAAGCAGCAGCGCUAGCUCUCACAGGCUUCCGAUUUGGUGUUGCCCGUUUCAUGCUUUUUGGCAAUGGUGGAGGCACAGACAUGGACGACGCGCCGCAUGAGCAACCCCAGGCUGGACACCCCCGCCACCGACCUAGUUCUUGACGUUCCGGUCACCCCGCCUGGCGGCGUUCGCAAUAACACUACCUCCACCUACUUCCCCUUCUCUCCCAACGUUUUGACUGCCCUCAUCGUCGCCUCCUGGUACCUCUCCAAUAUCGGCGUUCUUCUUCUCAACAAGUACCUCCUCAGCUUCUAUGGCUUCCGUUUCCCCAUCUUCCUCACCAUGCUCCACAUGCUCUCCUGCACCGCCUACAGCUACGCCGCCAUUAACUUCCUCGAGCUCGUCCCCUUCCAGCACAUCCACUCCAAGCGCCAGUUCUUCAAGAUCCUUGCCCUCAGUGCCAUCUUCUGUUUCUCCGUCGUAUGCGGCAACACUUCCCUCCGCUACCUCCCUGUCUCUUUCAACCAGGCCAUUGGCGCCACGACGCCGUUCUUCACCGCCAUCUUCGCCUUCGUCAUCAUUUGCAAUAAGGAGUCUGCCGAGGUCUACCUCGCCCUCCUUCCCGUCGUCUUCGGCAUCGUCUUGGCGAGCAACAGCGAGCCCUUGUUCCACUUAUUCGGAUUCCUCAUCUGCGUGGGGUCCACCGCCGGACGAGCAUUGAAGUCCGUUGUUCAGGGAAUUCUCUUAACCUCGGAGGCCGAAAAGCUCCAUUCAAUGAACCUCCUCCUGUACAUGGCCCCCAUGGCCGCUCUGAUUCUCUUACCGUUCACGCUUUACAUCGAGGGCAAUGUGGCGGCGAUUACGGCCGAGAAGGCCAAAGGGGACCCCUUCAUAGUCUUCUUGCUGAUUGGGAAUGCGACGGUGGCGUAUUUGGUCAACUUGACAAAUUUCUUGGUGACCAAAUACACCAGCGCGCUGACCCUCCAGGUGUUGGGGAACGCCAAGGCGGCGGUAGCGGCGGUGGUGUCCGUCUUGAUAUUUAGAAACCCCGUUACGGUCAUGGGGAUGACGGGGUUCGCCGUUACUAUCAUGGGCGUGGGGCUCUACAGUGAGGCCAAGAAACGUUCCAAGAUUACCACUCAUUGAUAGUGAAAACAAAGAACUGAAACUCGAAAGAUUUUCACUUUUGAUUUUGAUUUGCCAUAAACACGGUUAAUGAAUGGCCUCUUCUGAUGAAAGCUUUCCUACCGAGGAAUGGAUUCAAGAGAGAAAUAUUAGUUUCAUGGUAGCUUCGAGUCAUGACUAAGCUUCUUGGCUCUUGUAUUUGACUGGAGUGAUGAUGGCAAGGAGGGAGUCAAACUGUUGAUUCACAAAUCAUAUCGUAAUUCAGUAUUACUUCUUGCUGGAAAAAUGAAAUCCAUAAAAACUCGAGGUAUUCGUUCUUGUAUGAUUUUGAGAAACAGACUCAUUGUAAUGAUUUGAAGAAGUAAAAGAAGCUCAGGUCAUUUGAUAUGUGUGGAUUAAACUAGUUCAAACGGGAACAACAGAUUCACCCUGUUUUUUUUGUUUUUUGUUUUUUUUCCUCUACAUAAAUUGUAAUCACCUGCACUAGUAUACCAUACGUACUGUAAAUAACACUGUCUAUGAUUUGAGUACGUUAUCACCUCUA